UCUGGGGGUGACGCCUCUGGGUGCCUUGUUCUGACCCCACCCGUCCCGGCUGAUGCAACCGGCCGUGGUGCAGCGACCCUGGCCCCCCACCAUGCAGAGGGCCCAGCCGGUGCUGAGGGGGGACGCCGGGCCCCUCCAGGAGGACCCACCCCCCCGCCCCUCCUGGACCAGUAAAACCCAGUACCUACUGGCUCAGCUGGGGUUAUCUGUGGGGCUGAGCAACGUCUGCCACUUCCCCUACCUCUGCUACCAGAAUGGGGGUGGCACCUUCAUCCUGCUCUACCUGCUGUUCCUCUUCCUCCUGGGCAUCCCCCUGCUCUUCCUGGAGCUGGUGGCCGGGCAGUGCCUGCACCAGGGCAGCGUCAACGUCUGGAGGAGCAUCAGUCCCCGCCUGGCCGGCAUUGGGCUGGCCAGCUGCCUGAUCUGCAUGCUUGUGGCACUGUACUACAACGUGGUCAUUGCCUGGAGCCUCCUCUACCUCGCCCGCUCCUUCCAGCACCCCCUGCCCUGGGAGAGCUGCCCCAGCACCGGCCCCAACCACACAGAUCCCGAGUGUGCCCUGAGCUCACCCACCACCUACUUCGGGUACCGGCAGACACUGGAUGUCACCCCUGAGAUGGGGGUCAGUGGGGGUCUGCAGCCAGCCCUGGUGGGGGUGCUCCUGGGGACCUGGGCCCUGGUGGGGGCCUCCCUGCUCACAGGCAUCAGACCCUCGGGAAAGGCACUGUACGUCAGCACCUUCUUCCCCUACUUCGUCCUCUUCUGCCUCCUGAUCCGGGGGCUGCUGCUCGAGGGGGCCCCCGAAGGCAUCCGCAUCAUGUUCACCCCCAAGGCGGCGGCGUGGGGCACGGGCCAGGCCUGGCGGCAGGCAGCCACACAGGUCUUGUUUGCGCUGGGGCUGGGCUUCGGCAACGUCAUCACCUACACCGGCUACGGCAAGCGCCGCAGCAGCGGCCAUCGUGACGCCGUGCUGGUGGCCAGCCUCAACACCCUCCCCUCCCUCCUGGCCACCCUCGUCGUCUUUGCCGUCCUGGGCGCCCACGCCACCCGCCGCACGCAGCGCUGCCUCCGCGGGAAUGCGGAGCUGGCGUUGGAAGCGCUGGCACGGGGGGAGCUGCCCGAGGCCGCCUGGCCCCCUGGGAACUUCACGGCCCCGCCGGCGCCCCAGUACAGCACCUGGCUGCAGGGGCUGCCCCCGGCCCUGCGGGACACCCUGGGCCUCACCGACUGCAGCCUGGACGAGGAGAUGAACAAGGGGGUGGAGGGCCUGGGCCUGGCCUUCAUGGAGAUCGUGACGCUGCUGCCAGCGGCGCCGCUCUGGUCAUUCCUCUUCUUCCUCAUGCUGGUGGGGCUGGGGCUCGGCACCAUCUUGGGCAAUGCCGAGGCCGUCCUUACGCCUCUGCGCAACGUCAUCCCCACCCUGCACCACCAGCGUGCUCUGCUCACUGUGCUGUGCUGUGCCGGGGGCUUCGCGCUGGGGCUGCCCUUUGUCCAGCGCUCUGGCAGCUACUUGGUGGCCGUCUUUGAUGACUAUGUGGCCACGCUGCCGGUGCUGGCCGUGGUCACAUGUGAGACCGUGGCCGUGGCCUGGGUCUAUGGGGCUGAGAGGUUCCUGGCUGACGUGGGGAAGGAGACAGGCCACCAGCCGUGGUGGCUCUACAGGCCUCUGUGGCGCUUUGCCAGCCCCGGGGCCAUGGUGGCCGUGCUGGUGACCAGCCUGGGACAGCUGGCCCUGCGCCCCGCCACCUACCAGGCCUGGGACCGCACCACGGCAGUGUUGUGGUGGCGGCCGUAUCCGCCCUGGGCCCUGGCCCUCACCGUGGGGCUGAUGGCAGUGACCAUACUGCCAAUCCCCAUCGUCGCCUUGUACCGGGUGGUCUGGCCAUCCCGGGACCCCCCGGAGCCACGGGACCGGGAGGAAGAGGAGGAAGAGGGGGUGAGUGCGGCCCCUCCGGACCCCGCCGCGCUGCCCAGGUGAGCGGGAAGGCGCCCUAUUGGAGGGCGGCGAGGAUCUCUGCUUCCCGAUUGGCUAGAUUGCCUGAGGCGGGAGAGGCGCCCAUAUGCGGCGCGGGGGAGGGGGAGGAGCUGCGGGGGGGCGGGCGCUUCCCGCCCCGCUCCACAGUUCCAUGGGGACACGGCGGCCAUGUUGAAGCGGGGCAAUAAAGGGCCUCAGGGAGGCGGAGCGUAGCGGAGU